UUCAAACCCUAGAAACGAAAUUGAAGCAAAUAAGUUCACGGAACCUUGAAACCACCUUCCUAGAAAGAGAUUCACCAUAAAGAGAUUAAAAAAGCGCGGAAGAAACUAGUUGAAAAAAAGAAAAACACACACAUUUUCACCCAACAAUGGUUUCGAGAAACCAUCCAUACGGAGAGGAAGAAUUGGGCAGAGCGGCGAUGGUUCACGUGCAACCGCGGCGGAAGGGUAUUGGGACUCGGGUGUGGCUGGUGGUGUCGGAAUCGGGUGAUUUGCGGCUGGAGGAGGUCGGAAAGCACUCGAUCAUGCGGAGGACGGGGCUGCCCGGGCGUGAUCUUAGGGUUCUGGAUCCGAUGCUGUCGUACCCUUCGACGAUUCUUGGGAGAGAGAGGGCGAUUGUCAUCAAUUUGGAGCACAUCAAGGCAAUCAUCACAGCCAAGGAGGUCUUGAUGGUUAAUACUACCAACCCUUUGGUUGUCCAAUUCGUGGAGGAUCUUCAGCACCGGGUUUCCGGUUCCAAUGCCGUGCCCAAUCAGGCAAAUGAUAGCAUUGGCGCAGACGCAGAGGAUAACAUUGCAAAGAACAACCCUAUUAGCAUGAAAGAGGCUCCAGUAGCUGCUGGUACAAAAUUAUUACCAUUUGAGUUUAGAGCACUUGAAGGUUGUCUUGAGUCUGCUUGCAGAUGCCUUGAGUCUGAGACCGAAACACUGGAGCAGGAAGCAUAUCCAGCUUUGGAUGAACUGACUUCUAAAGUUAGCACACUUAAUCUUGAGCGUGUCAGACAGAUAAAGAGUCGUCUAGUCGCAAUAUCUGGUCGUGUACAGAAGGUACAGGACUCAGGAUUUGAAGAUUCCAUUGCUCCUUGGAUGGCUUACAGUUUCUAAGUUUCUAUUUUAUGCAAGUGUUAGCAUAAGAUGUCUCUUUGUAGCCUUAUUUGUUUAAACUUGUAUUCGUUGAUUCGUAUAUGUAAAGUGUACGUAAGUGCACUCUUUUCAAUGUAUUUAACAUGUAUGAGAUGAGGCCGGAGGCCAAUGACAUGUAUCUCGUUUUCUAUGCAUUUUUGUUUUCAAAGUUUAUUAUGAAAAUAUUGGAAAAUGUUAA